CCAAAACACAAAUUCGAUAAACACCGGGAUCAGUAUGAAUAUGAUUCAAUAAGAACAAUUGGAAAGGAGUUAGAUUUAAUAUUAGACUCUAGGGAUAUAUCAGAAGUUAUCCAUAAUAUAAAUCGUGCACAAGAAAUGGCAAAAAGUAGAAUGGUUACCUUACGUAUUGUUGAAGGUUAUGGUUGGGAUAUUGCUUCUGUACUGCCUGAUGCUCAAUAUGAUUGGAUGAAGAGUCAAGAAAAAUUAAUUGAAAAGGCGAAG